AUGCGCUCCUUCGAGCCGAAAAUCGUUGAAAAAAUUCAGCGGCUGAGCGAUGCCAUACGCAAGUCCUUGGGGGAAGACGGAUGGUCUGAAACGAAGGAUAUGGGCCGUUAUUCCGAUUAUCUAGCUUUUGAUAUCAUGGCCGAUGUUGUGUUUAGUGCGCAGUACAAUACAGUCGAGAACGAAAAAUUCCGCUAUGUCAUCGGCGCGAUUGCGGAUCACAAUGUGCGGCUAGGGGUAAUAGCUCAGGCCCCCGAGCUAUCCAUCAGAGCAUUGCAGAGACCAAUGUUCAUGCGGGCUAUCAAGGCCAGGGACAGAUUCGUCAAGUUUAUUCGAAUUCUACUGGUCAUUCGUCUGAAAAACAAGACAAAACAGAGAGACAUCUUCUCAUAUAUCCAAGACGCCAAAGAUCCGGACACCGGCAAGGGCCUGGACUUCACUGAACUGAGCACCGAGACAGCGACCAUGAUCGUGGCGGGCUCUGACACAACUUCCACUACGCUAGCGGCAACCGUGCACUAUGUUGGCUAUUCUCCCAUAUGCUACGACGAGGUCAUGAAGGAGGUUAGGAGCCGGUUCAAGAGUCUAGACGAAAUUCGCAUGGGCCCGACGCUCAAUUCUUGUGUCUAUCUCCGGGCAUGCAUCGACGAGGCCCUCCGCAUGGCGCCCCCGGCUGGGGGCACUCUCUGGCGAGAGGUGGACCACGGAGGCGCGGUCAUCGAUGGGAUCCCUAUCCCUGCUGGCUACGACGUUGGAAUAGCAAUCCACAACCUGCAUCAUAAUGCAGCUUACUUCCCCAAGCCCUGGAGCUACGACCCCAAUCGCUGGCUUAGGUCUGGUGGCGACAAGUCUGCGUCCGCGGAGACCAUGACAGCGGCUUACAAUCCGUUCGGAGCCGGCCCAAGGAGCUGCGUCGGUAAACCACUUGCACUCCAUCAGCUUAUGUUAACCUUGGCAACUCUUUUCUACCAGUUUGAUUUCUGUCCAACCGGCCGAGACGAAGAAGCUUGGCAAAGUAAAAAUAUGGUAGCGGAGCCCUUCUUACUCAAGGAUCACGUCAGUGGACAGAAAACUGGACCAUUUGUCAGGUUUAGGAUCCGGGAGUAA